GCUCUUCGUGGGGAGGCAGCUUUUCUUCGGUCUCCUGCGGAAAACAUACAACAACGAGAAAAGAAAAAAAAAGCUAGUUUGUUGAUGCCCGGAGAGCUUCUUGUGCCAAUGGAAGUCGAUUCCUCAUCCUCUGCUUCGGCAACUACAACCAUGCUUAUUAGUAAACGGCCUCAUCCCGACAGCGUCCUAAAGCCUCCUUCUACUACUGCUCCCGGCACCGCUACGGCUAUCGAUCUGUACCUUAUCUCGGAGGAGGAUGCUCAUUAUGAGCAGGAGAUUUUGAGGGAUCCUUACUCGAGCUUGAAGCCCUGGUUGCGGUAUUUGGAGUAUAAAGUCAAGACUGGGAGUAUUCAUGAGCAGGUGUUUGUUUUCGAGAGGGCUUGUAAAGUGUUGCCUAGGUCAUACAAACUUUGGAAGAUGGUAUGUGUUUCUCGAUCCUUCGAUCGGCCCCGCCAACAGUUGUCCUUUUUUUUGUUCUGUUAUUGUUUUUUGUGUGGCGGUAGUGCGAAUUGUUUGGUCGUGAUGUGAUGGAGAUUCUCAUUGGAAGCUUUUUAGUAUCUCGAUUUAAGAGUCAAGCACGUGUCCUCCCUCAAUCCGGCACGGUUCCAGGCCGAGUACAACAAGGUCAAUGAUUGCUUCGAACGCUCUCUCAUCCUCCUCAACAAGAUGCCCAGGAUCUGGACAGACUACCUAUCCUUCUUGCUCAAGCAAUGCCUCGUUACCAAGACCCGCCGAACCUUCGAUCGUGCCCUACGGGCUUUGCCGCUCACCCAGCACAGUCGUAUUUGGGCGCUCUAUCUACCGUUCGCCAAUUCCGCUUCUGGUGAGACGGCUGUUAGGGUUUGGAAACGUUACAUGCAGGUUCAUCCUGAGGAUGCGGAGGAAUUCAUUGAGCUUCUUGUUGAGAUGGGGAAAUACGAGGAGGCAGCGCAAAAGUGGAUCGAGGUACUGGAUAAUCCAAAGUUUCGCUCAAAGGCUGGGAAGAGUCACUUUCAGAUGUGGAGCGAGCUGUGCGACUUGUUGGUCAGCCACGCUCGUGAGAUCAAGAGCGUUGACGUGGAGAAGAUUGUGCGGAGUGGGAUCGGAAAGUUCAGUGAUCAGCGGGGGAAAUUGUGGACUAGUUUGGGCACCUAUUGGAUCACUAAGGGCGACUUCGAGAGGGUACGUGGCUCGGAUGGUUGGGUUUGUCGAAGGAUCGAUUGCUGAUUCUUUUGCGCAGGCAAGGGAUGCUUUUGAGGAGGGCGUCACCACCGUUAUGACUGUCCGGGACUUUACCCAGAUCUUCGACUCGUACACUGAAUUCGAGGAAUCUGUUAUCGGAACCCUGAUGGAAGCGGCUGCUGCGCGGCAGGAGAAGGGUAUUGUUAGCGAGGACGCCGAUUUUGAUUUAGAUAUCCGAUUGACGCGGUUCGAACAAUUGAUGGAUCGGCGGCCUUUCCUGGUUAACGACGUUCUCCUAAGGCAGAAUCCGAAUAACGUCAUUGAGUGGGAGAAGAGGGUUGCGCUCUGGGGCGACAACAAGCAACAGAUUGUCCAAACGUACACUGAUGCAGUGGCCGCCGUUAACCCGAAGAAGGCUGUCGGUCAAUUCCACUCCCUGUGGGCCGGAUAUGCCAAAUUUUAUGAGAAGCAUGGGGACAUUAGACAGGCACGGAUGAUUAUGGAAAAGGCUGUUCGGGUCCCAUUCAAGUCUGUCCAGGAGCUUGCGGAGAUGUGGGUUGAAUGGGCAGAGGUGGAAUUACGUAACGACAACUUCGACGAGGCGGUCAAGAUUAUGGCGAAGGCCACUCAAUCGCCCAAGAGGAGCAUUGUUGAUUAUUUUGACGAAACGCUGACACCGCAACAGAGGGUUCACAAGAGUUGGAAGUUAUGGAGUUUCUACGUUGAUCUCGUGGAGAGUGUAAGCACGCUUGAGGAGACGAAGAAGGUUUACGAAAGGAUCUUCGAGCUUCGGAUUGCCACUCCCCAGACAGUGGUAAACUAUGCUGCUCUUCUUGAGGAGAAUAGGUAUUUUGAAGAGAGCUUCAAGGUGUCCCUCCUUUCAUUAUCUAUCGAUAUCAAUUAAACUAACAAAAAACUAGGUGUACGAGCGCGGCCUCGACCUCUUCACCUACCCCGUAGCCUUCGAACUCUGGAAUCUCUACCUAACCAAAGCUGUGAACCGCCAAAUCGACAUUGAACGACUUCGUGACCUCUUCGAGCAAGCCGUCGAAAACUGUCCCCCAAAGUUCGCAAAAGUCCUCUAUCUAAUGUACGGAAACCUCGAAGAAGAGCGCGGCCUAGCCCGGCACGCAAUGCGCAUCUACGAGCGCGCAACCCGUGCAGUAGCAGACGAAGACCGCUUCGAAAUGUUCGACUUCUACAUUACAAAGUCCGCCUCAAAUUUUGGUCUAACCUCCACCCGACCCAUCUACGAGCGCGCAAUAGAAGCACUACCGGACAGCGAGGCGAAAGAAAUGUGCCUCAAGUUCGCCGAGAUGGAACGACGUCUCGGGGAAAUCGACAGAGCAAGGGCGAUCUAUGGCCACGCAUCGCAGUUUUGCGAUCCAAGAAUUUCGCCGCAAUUCUGGACCAAAUGGGAAGCCUUUGAAAUCCAGCACGGGAACGAAGAUACCUUCAAGGAAAUGCUCAGGAUCAAGAGGAGUGUGCAGGCGCAGUACAAUACCGAUGUCAACUUCAUCGCUAGUCAAGCGCUUGCGCGCGGACAAGCGAAGGCUGGCGGCGGCGGCGGCGGCGUGGGGAGCGGGAGCGAUGAGGAGGGGGGCGGAGGGGGGGAUGCGAUGGCGGCGUUAGAGCGGGAGGUCAGGGCACCCGCAGGAUUCGUCGCGGCGAAGGAUGGCGGGGGGAUUAAAGGAUCUGUUGGAAAUGUGGUUCCGACUACGAGCACGGAAGCUAACCCCGAUGCUAUUGAUUUGGAUAUGGAUGGAUAG